AUGAAAGAGUGGCUUCUUUCUCUUUUGCUAGCGAUUUGCUUGUGGAGACACGUUUAUAGUGCGAAAAACAGCACCUUUUUGUCAACGACACCUGUACCUUCUUCAAGAAGCACAUUUGCUCCGUCGACGACACACGCUAAUGGAACAUCAACAACUGUAGCUCCGACCACUAUUCCUCAAUUUACGUGUACUCAAGGGAAUGCGUCUUGCGGUGAAUGUGUCAAAGAUAUAAAAUGUUUUUGGUGUAGUGCUGACCACUCUUGUAAAAAGUACCCGGCAAGCAAGAUAAUUCCCCGCGAUUGUAAAGGCAAUGACUGGUAUUGGAAGCAAUGCUUUGCUGCAGGUAACCUGUUUAUUUCAAAUUGAAGUUGUUCCACUAAAACUAUAACGGUGCGAUAUCGAUUAUAAAUGUGGUUUAACGGGAAAGUUUCUCAAGAAACAAGAGAUGAGACACUUUAUAAGGCACUUUAUAAUUUCCUUAAACAUUUCUCCUUCUCUGACUUACUGGCUUUUAUUCCCUAGUUAACCAGCUGCUAGUUGGCGCUUACCAAAUUUUAAAGAUGUUUGGCAUGUUACUAUUGCAUCCAUGAUGUCGGUGACAGAUGUCAAUCAUGGUGUGAUUAACAGUUAUUGAAUGAGAAUGAUGUGAAGCAUUAUGCAGAUCAAGGAAGAUGUUAUCCACCAGAGCCGAUGGGGCUGAGGUAGAUAACAUCCUCCGAGAAAAAGAAGAAAACAUGAGAGUAAAGAGUAAAAUAUUCUCUAUAUUCUAUUUUCUCGCUGAUCAUCAAUCUAGUUUCCUACCCAGUCCAGUGGGGCUUAAAUUGAGUGGCACACUAGCCUGUGAGCAAGCUCUUCAUUCCGGGUAGUCGCUAGAAGUCAUGCAAGAGCCGCACAAGAAAAGAGACGUGAGUGCUUGGGGCGGGAAAAGAAUUUCUUUCCCCUUUGCACAGCUCCACCGCUCAUUUGCACGUUCUCUUGCGGCUUGCUUUGCUAGCCAUAUUGGAGAGCUUGCUCGCAGGCUAGUGGCACACUGAGUUUUGUUCCUCACUUUGCUAGGGGUUAUGAGAUAGGUAUUUCUAGUCUAGCAGAUACUCCUUAAGAAGUAGAUUACAUACAUAGAGCAAUGUGUUUUGCAUAUUCUUGCAUUUCUCGCAUUCAAUUUCAGUCAAGAAUUGAGCUAUUUCAUCUUUUGGAUAGUUGUAAACACCAUUUUUUAGUUCACUACUGCCCCGGGGGGGGAGGGUACUCAAUAUAUCCCUGGGUGGGGAGGUGCGGCGCGGCCCCUCAUACCCUUGACCCUGUUUAAGACAAAUAUCGCUGAUUUUCCUACCCUGUUUAAGACAGAAUUCCGAUUUUUGAUACCCUGUUUAAGUCAACGGAAGUCAAUAUUGAUUAACAUUAGAGCUUGUUAAAAUUUUGCUGUUUAUCGUCCAAGAAAAGAUAUCCUGUUUAAGACAAAAAUUGAUAAAUUGAUACCCUGAUUAAGACAAAAAAUGAUAAAUUCGAUACCCUGUUUAAGACAAAAAUCCCGAAAAACUUACCCUGGCUGGCCGCACGUCCCCGUUAAGCCCUUAUGAGGGAGUACCCCCCCCCCCCCCCGCCCUUGGCCGCACGUCCCCGUUAAGCCCUUAUGAGGGAGUACCCCCCCCCCCCUGGACUACUGCUGAAGCAGCCUUUUUUCCAUUCAAAUAUACAAUCGAUAAACCUCAUUUACAAUGAAAUAUACCAUCCAGUUGUGGUAUAUUGCUUGCAUCCCCAAGUAUGGUAUGAAACGCCAGUUAUAUGACAAAUUAACCAAGGAAUUGGAGCCAAUCAGAAAUGGCAAAUUAUUUUGAAUGAGUAAUAUGGCAAAUAUAUCCGUGAUUGAUCUCGCAAACAGUGCUGCAGCAGUUUAACUGUUUUGAUAGUUCAUUCCUUUUGCAAAUUUUGUGGUCGCAAAACAUGGUUUAGAAAUGCAGGGCUUGAUUUGAUUGUCAGAGACUUCUGUAUUCAAAGAUGCCAGAUGCCAACAAAUUUCUGUUAGUUGUCAAACAAAUAGGGAAUUCAAUCAAUCAAAAUUAAAUCCAACCAUGAUGUUGAUGGAAUGCUUGCUCUAUCCAAAGGACCUUGUCUUGGUCCUGACACCUAUCCCUAUAGGAUCAAUUUAACCACCUACCACUCCCUAAGUCAACAUUAACACUUACGUCUCGCUUAGGGCAAAAUUGUGACUCACAUCAUUCACAUCAUGGGGAGGGUGGGUACAGUAAGCUCACAAAUGGACUGACAGCGGCUGCCAGUGGCGCCUUUGUAUGCUGACAUCCGAGCUUACUGUUCACAUGUUAAAAUGUAUUACAAGAGGGCACGCCUGUGGUCCUCUCAUCCACGACUCUUCUUCUUUCUCUCUCUCUUCUCUCUAACCUCUUCUUUCCUCACUUUUGUUGUCAUAGGUAGCAUCCUUAUCUACGUAAUUCCCAGUGUGUGUUUUGUUGUUCUGGUUAUUAUCGGGUGCGGUGUGUACUGUCUCUGCUGCCGAAAACGCAAACAGAAAAGCUAUGAAAGAGAAGACAGAAAAAUGCAGAGAAGACGCGAGGAAAUAAAGCAGCGACAUGCUGAGAGAAGGGCGGAGCGAAAGAUGAGAACGGAUGCAAUCAGACAGAAAUAUGGAUUGCUAGCUAAUGAGGAUGAUGCUGAAGUUGCUUGA